GGCCACUGGAGCCUCCAUCAAAGAAGGACAUGCUUCCAGUCAUGAGACGACCAGAUGAGUGGAAGGACCCAUGGCGUCGAUCCAAAUCUCCAAGAAGACGCCCUGGGCUGGGCUCGCCACCGCGAGGCCGACGACGACAUCGGCCCUCUGGCUCAUCUGUGUCUGUGUCCAAUUCCUCCAGGUCCUCGUCUCGCUCUUCAUCCUACACAGGAUCUGGGUCAUCUCGUUCACGGAGCCACUCCUCCUCAUUCAGCUCCUACUCAAGCCACUCCUCCCAGCACAGCUCCUUCAGUGGCAGCCGCUCAAGGUCUCGAUCAUUCUCUUCAUCUCCAUCCCCAACUCCAGCAACACAAAGGAAUGCCAAGAACAAAGCGGAACUUCCUCCGAUGCCAGCUAAAGGCAUGCCACAGAAGCCGGGUGCCAUGCCCCCUCCUCGUAGGGAGAGGCCUUCGGUGAAGAAAGCUCCCACUCCCCCGCUGCCUGGUGGACCACAGAACAGGCCUGCCAAACCCAUGCCAGAGGGAGGUAAGCCUCCCACCAAUGCCCGUGAGCCAGGUGUCGGUGGCGCUGGUGGAGGUGGAAGCACAGGAAAACCCGUGCCACCUCGGGAACCUGGGAAAGCACCCAACCCAAGAGAGGGCAGGCAGAGAGAACGACAGCAGCAUCCUCCACGAAGGCGGACUGUGAGCGGGAGUGUGAGCGGCAGUGGCAGCAGUUACACUGGUUCUAGCUCCAGAUCAAGAUCUUCAUCCAAUUCCCUGUCUCGUUCACGCUCCGGAUCCAGAAAGUCCAGAUCGCUGAGCGUCAGCAGCGUGUCUUCAGUUUCUUCAGUAUCGUCUAGCAGCAGUUCAAUGCGUAGCGCAGACUCUGAUGACAUGUAUGCCGACCUGGCCAGCCCCGUAUCCUCCGCCAGCUCCCGCUCGCCCACGCCAAGUCACUCCCGUAAGGAUCGAGGGGCUGCACGGGACCAACCUCCACACAGCAGAGACAAGCCCAGGGAGAGACCACCAAAGAAAGGCGAGCCCUUCAGGGAGGAUCGUAGGAAAAUGGACCCCUCUACUGCCCCUCCAAGAGGCGGCAAUUCCAUGCCUAGAUCUGGUCCUGGUAGCAGAAGUGGUCACCCUGUUCAACCUCCACCCGGCUCCAUGGGCCCUCCUGGGAGCUAUGGAGGCUCAGGUUCCCAUAAAGACAUCAAACUCACCCUCAUCAACAAGCAGCAGGCAGAAAAGGGCAACAGGAAGAGGUACCUGCCCUCUGAUAAAGAUCGGUCCAGCUCCCCUGUCAGCAAGAGAAUGGCCAUGUCUCCAGAAAGAGGCCGUGAUAGGAGAAUACCUGGUCGGCCUCUUUCUCCUCGUAUGGAUCGACCCAGAGCCCAAGGGCCCCGACCCGUACCCACCCAGGGAGAAAGGAAGCGUCCUCUGUCUCCACCCCCAAAGACUUCUGGCAAAAGCCCAGCAGUUCCAUCAGGCAAGCCCUCUGCCCCAGGUUCAACUUCAGCCGCUGGGUCGAGCUCCGGUUCCAGCUCCGCCGCAGGCUCCAGUAAACCCAGCAACACACUGUCUCGUCGUGAGGAACUGCUGAAGCAGUUAAAGGCUGUGGAAGACGCCAUCGCCCGGAAAAGAGCAAAAAUCCCCGCCAAGUAAAAUAAAAAAACAAACUACUUUCUUUCGAUCUGCCGGUUGGCCCGCCUGCCCCGUUAACCAGGAGGAUUGUGACGGUUUUCUUUCUCCCUGCCUUCAGUGAUGAUGCGUUGCAUCUCACUGACGUGUACAAAUGUUUUAUUGCUCUUGUAUAAAGGCUGUCGUGUAAGAAUCGGCUUCCACAAAUGCCAGUCCUGGUCUGACACAGAGAAGUUUGACUCUGUUGGUUGGUCACCCCCACUUACCGCAACAGGAAACGCUUCCUGCUCUCUCUGGUCAGAAGAAUCCUACCCACAAUUCUCUGAUGAAUAACAGAUUUAUAAAUCUUCUCUCUUCCCUUGUUUACGGACUCUUUUCUUGCUGUCCUUUCUUCGUGUGGCGUGGUGAGACUGUUGGAUCAGGUCUUCUCAGUAACGCCAGCGCUUCUUUCUAUGAAUCUUCUAAAUUCGCUCGGCGGCCAUGGUGUUCGCAGUGGAUUCGUGUCAACCAGCAGCUGUCCGCCUGCGUGCACUCAUCGUUCGGCCAGUGUUCACACGUUGUACAGUAAAAGUAUAAUUCAACUCAUUUUCUCUGAUGUAUUAUUCUAGGAAAGAGUUUGACGUGAAGUAUUGCUUUUUUUUUUUUUUUAAGCCUACACCAUUUUGUUUCCUUCUUAGCACAAGUAAUAAACUGUUCUGUCACAUUUUUUAGUUGGACUGUGAUAUGCAGAAUCAGGACGUUUAGAGAUGACAUGUCUUGCUUUUGUGAAAGAGAAAAGUCUUCUAAAUAAACUAUUUUGAUAAAGAGAA